CAGAUCCCCAUGGACGAGUUCCUCGAGGAAGUUUCGCGGGAAGAAUGGGGAGCUUUGCCGCCAAAAUCCACCGAGGAUAUCAUACUCCCCAUAUGGUACAUACGCUUUCAGUUCACCGGACCAGAUAUCAUAUGCCACAACCGGGAAGAAUGCAUUCCGUUACUGAGGAAGAUGCAAAAAGAACACAUGGAGGAGCUUGGCCUACCAGACAUAAAAUACAAUUUCCUGAUAAGCACUGACGGUGUAGUGUACGAGUGUAGGGGAUGGAAACAUGACGCGUAUGACCCCAUCAAACACCAUGAUCUAUGGAAAAACCACUUCAUCAACAUUGGGUUCUUUGGAGAUUACAGAAAGAAAGCUCCGUUGCCCAUGAAGGCUGAAAGAGCCGGGCUGACUUUGUACUUCCGAAUGCAAGAAAUGAAAAUGGUGGCUAGUGAGGUAGUCCCUAUCUACUUUACAGUUGGGAACAAAGACUUCUCUUUCUAUUGAGAUUAUACAUAACUUGGAUAUGUUGAUUUACACAUAUUAUGCUGUUAGGUGGGAUUCCUACAGGACAACCUUGUGCUGUGCAUACAUUUAUGUUUAACACGAAAUAUUUAUUUCAUAUUAUACAUCAUGUGCUAGAUGACAGUAAACUGGGGAUAUCUUUCAAACUGUGAGCAUGUUAUGUGAGUAAUAUUUCGUUGUAGUU